AUGGGAGAGACGGGCGCCGGGCGAGGCUCGGGACGCGCUCUGGGCGCGCUCCUCCCGCGCCCCGUCGCCCGCCGCCUCCCCGACGGCCGCCCGCGCCCCGCCGCUCCCGUCCCCGCCGUCGGUGCCAUGAAGCGGGCGCACCCCGAGUACAGCUCGUCGGACAGCGAGGAGCUGGACGAGGCCGUCGAGGUGGAGAAGGAGAGCGCGGACGAGAAUGGGAACCUGAGCUCGGCCGCGGGCUUCAUGUCUCCCUCCACCACCUCGCAGAUCUUGGCCAGGAAGAGGCGCCGAGGGAUCAUCGAGAAGCGCCGCCGCGACCGCAUCAACAACAGCCUGUCCGAGCUGAGGAGGCUGGUGCCCAGCGCCUUUGAGAAGCAGGUAGCGCCCAGCGACCCUCCGCGCUGCGCCCCCCUGCCUUCCCUUCUCUCCCAGGGAUCAGCCAAGCUGGAAAAAGCAGAGAUUCUGCAGAUGACUGUCGAUCACCUGAAGAUGCUGCAUACCGCAGGAGGGAAAGGUUAUUUUGAUGCUCAUGCUUUGGCUAUGGACUAUCGGAGUCUAGGUUUUCGAGAGUGCCUGGCUGAAGUUGCUCGAUACCUGAGUAUCAUAGAAGGUCUGGAUGCCUCUGAUCCUCUGCGAGUUCGACUCGUGUCUCAUCUCAACAAUUACGCCUCUCAACGGGAAGCAGCGAGUAGUGCGCACACUGGCAUUGGACACAUUCCUUGGGGCAGUGCCUUUGGACAUCACCCUCACAUACCUCACCCGUUGCUGCUGGCUCAAAGUGGGCAUGGUAAUACCAGUGCUACAGCCUCUCCCGCAGAACCACAUCACCAGACCAGAAUUGCUGCCCCACACGCUGAAACUUCCUCACUCAGAGUGCCCCCAAAUGGCAGCGUCGGACCAGUGCUCCCUGUGGUCACGUCUACUACCAAACUGUCUCCUCCUCUUCUCUCCUCCAUGGCAUCUUUGUCUGCGUUCCCCUUCUCCUUCGGCUCCUUUCAUCUGCUGUCCCCCAACGUGCUGAGCCCAUCGACACCAACGCAAUCAGCAACACUCAGCAAACCCUACAGACCCUGGGGGACUGAGAUUGGUGCCUUCUAA